UACAGUGAAGGAGAAAGGAGAGGAGGCGAGCUCCUGAAGUUGAGAAUGGAAGAUGUGAUUUCCUCAUCUCCAAAUCUAAACUGUGCCCCUGUUCCCAGGGAAAGGCAGUGUCUGACAUCACCCCCAAGGGCUAAAGUCCCAGCCAGUGCCUUUCAUUUGACACUGAGUGGGCCCAGCACAAAGUGGGCCUCUUCAGGUCGCUAUAUCCGGGAGAAGUCUAAGCAAAUCAUCACUCUGCUGAUGGAUGAGCAGCUGCUUUUUAAAGAGAGGGAAGUGGCCAGUUGGACGCGACAGCGGACCUCCUACUCCAUGACCUUUCCCACCAGAUUACCUGCCUCGGGGAACUCAGCUGCACCAUGUACUUCCGUCCUCAUCCCUGAAAGCCUAAACUCCGAGAAGAAACAUUCACUCCUGACAAUUGCAAGUCUACGCAAUAAAAAAAAUGCCUCCAAGGUAAGGCUGAGGCUGGAACAGUUCCAGGACAGCCCCUCACCUCCUGGAUCCUCCCUGGCCAAGGACUCUCCUUUACCCAGGAUGAAGACAUGGAAAUCAACAGAGGACCUAACAUUGUUGCAUGACGAGUGUCCGAAGCAACCUUUGCCUGAGAUACCUCCUUCCAUCACCUCUCCUACUUCCUGGCUGUCAGAAGGGGAAGCAGAAGUCUGCAACCUCUGGGAUGCAGAUGCUGUGUCUACUCCCUCAGAAAAAAGACCAUCAAUACAGACAAAUAUGAGUUUAGCCAAGAGACUGGAGAAAACCAUCACAAAUACUCUCACAGAAAGUUCCCCACAAACUCUUCAGGAAAAGCAGACAGCCACAAAAAGCUUUGAAACACUGACACCUUUGCAAGCAUUUAGGCCAUCAGGUAAAGACCAGUUCGUCAGCACGGGUUUGAGAAUGUCCAAGUCAGCAUCCAUGUUCCCCAACCAGUCCUCGGUGGAAACACUCUAUGUCUCACCCGCGUUCAAAACUGUCACCCCAGAGAAGGAGCCCAGAUCCAGUAAGGCCCUGCAGACACCUAGAAAAUCCAGACUCUGCUGGAUGGAAGAUAUGGAAGAUGUGAGCCUCAAGCCCUUAGCCAUGCGGGUCUCCACCACCUCUGAGGUCGCAUCUUCCUUUUCUACUUUGUCUGUGUCGUCUCCUGACUUGGUCCAUCCAGAGAAGUCAGCCCAUCACUUUCCCCUGGUUUUCACCAGCCCUUCCUUCUGGAUUCAGCCCCACUCACAGCCGUCUUCUGCCCCCUUCACAUACAAAGAUGAGGCAGCCAGAGUUCACCAGCCCUUUGCUCCCAGGAGCACAGCAUCUUCAGAUGACGAGGAAUACCCCAAUAUUCCAGAUAACUCCAAUUCAACUACAGAGAAGCCAGGUCACAUUCCCGGCUGUAACCAGGUAGCAUUCUCCACCCCAUCAAGAACCUACUUCCCCUCAGUGUCCCAGGCUAGUUUGCAGACAAGCCAAGGCUUGCCCCGGGAAUCCUCCGAGUCAGGUUCUAUCCGCACGCUUCUAGGCGAGGUGAGGGGUGCUGUGCUCCGACUUCAUGAAGACCUGAGCCUGGUGAUCCAGGAACUUAGUGUCAUCAACAGCUACCUAGGUAACCUGAGUGGCAGCAGUCAAGCAUCUAGUGAGGCUCUACAGGACCCCCAGUCUUGCAAGGGGAGCUCAGAUCCUAUCUAGAAGCCUAGUCCUUUUGCUGGAACACAAAUGAUUCCACUGCCCAAAGACCUGGAAGGUUUAACACUUUAGAGGUCCCCAUUGCUGUGGGGACAAAAAGGCAGUGACUUAAUUUUUCAUUUUCAAGUUUAUUAGCACAUCUUUCAAGCGACAAAGACUUUUGGGUGCUGUGUUGUUAUGUUUUUUGUUUUGUUUUUUUUUUUCAAGAGAAAGAAGUCAACUUUUGAUCAUUUCAGGUUUAGAUAUUCGUUCCUUUGAAACUGAAAAGUAUUUCUUUCAUUCUUCGAAUGUCAGUACAUUGUCCCUAGGGGUAAGCCUUAGUGAAGGUUGUGGGAGACUUUAAAAUGCAAAUAGCUAUUGGAGGGCUUUGGGAUAAACAAGGUAGACAAGGGAGCCAGGAGAAAUUGUGGGUGCCCCCACCCACAGUGCUGACUCGGGCUGCUAACAAGCUUCUGCCCGGUUGGCAUGCUCUUUCAAGCUGAGGCCCCUCAAAUCAAGAGCCAGAAGUUUCUCUGCCGCCACAGUGUCAUGAGUGAUGCUGAGGCAGGUAGGAUGUGGAGCACAUUUUUAUGUUGAUUUUCAGAGAAUUCAGGUGAUUUCCCGUCUCUUGUAUUUUAUAAAUAAAUUUGCUAUUUUCAA